CAAUUAUUUGUUACUGGAAUGAAAAGCAGGAUGAGCAUCUUUUGGAAGAGCAUCGUUGUGUUGCUCUUGUGCGGUGUGUUUGGUGCUGUGACAGAUGAGAAGUCAGUGUCAGUAACUGAGGGAGAGUUAGUCACUUUACACACUGAUGUCAUUAAACUACACAACAACGACAAGUUACUGUGGAUGUUUGGAGAAGAAGGUUCUGCCUCACUUAUAGCUGAAAUGACUGGUGGAGGCAGGAUCACAUAUAAAGAUUUGGCUGAUGGGAGAUUCAGAGACAGACUGCUGAUAUUUGACCGUCAGACUGGAGAUCUCAUCAUCAAAAACAUUAAACACAAACACUCUGGACGAUAUAAAGUAGAUCAUGAAAGCAAUACUGGAACAACAUACAAGAGAUUCAGAGUUACUGUAAAUGAUGCUCCAAGUGUUAUUGGUGCUGCUACAGUUGAAGUGAAGUCAGUGUCAGUGACUGAGGGAGAUUCUGUGACUCUACACACUGAUGUCCAAACACAGAGAGAUGAUCUGAUACUCUGGAGGUUUGGAGAUGAUGGUGUUCUCAUAGCUAAACAUGAUAAAGAAGACAAUAAGAGCGUAAUAUAUAAUGAUGCUCAGAUGUUCAGAGACAGACUGAAGAUGGACGAUCAGACCGGAUCUCUCAUCAUCACAAACAUCAAAACCACAGACACUGGACUUUAUAAACUAAAGAUCAGCAGGAACACUGACUCAAAACUCAAGACAUUUAUUGUUUCUGUCAGUGUCAUGGAACGAGGUAUAUCUCCAGGGCUGGUAGCAGGAAUAAUCUUUGUUGUCCUGUUGGCUAUUGUUGUUGUUGUGUUUUCAUAUCGCCGCAUUAAUUAUGAACUACAGAAACAAAAGGUUAAAGAGAAGAUGGUGCCUGAGAGAGAUCCUGUCACUCUAGAGACUGAUGUCACUAAACUCAAGUCUGAUGAUGUCAUCGAGUUGAGCUUUAGAGAUGAAGUGAUAACCACAUACAAUAAGGACAACAUGAUCUCUAUUGGUGAUGAGAGAUUCAGAGACAGACUGAAGAUGAAUGAUCAGACUGGAUCUCUCAUCAUCACAAACAUCAGAACAGAAGACGCUGGAAUGUAUAAAGUAAAGAUCAGCAGCAGCAGUAGAAAGAAAUCAUUUUAUCAGCUCAUCACCGGUGGAGGACCAUCAUACUAUCAGUUCAGUGUUAUUGUCACAGAGAUAUAGAUAAACUUUCACACUUCAAGUCAGAAGACGACUUGAAAGGAAUCAAGACAAAAGGGUUUGUAUUAUCCAUCCAUCCAUUUUCUACCGCUUUAUCCGAACUACCUCGGGUCACGGGGAGCCUGCGCCUAUCUCAGGAGUCAUCGGGCAUCAAGGCAGGAUACACCCUGGAUGGAGUGGGUUUGUAUUAUAUAUAAUUAAAAUAAAGACGUAAGUGUGGUAG